GAAGAUGUUCAAGAGGAUUCUUAGUCCAGAACUCCCACAAGGCUUUGAGAGUCAGAAGCAGGAUAAAGAAGUGGUGGAUGCUGAAGAUGCGAAGUAUGAGUGCAGUGCCAGAGAGGGGGCUCUGAAGAUCACAUUGUACGUCCUGAGGAAAAUGAACCAGAAGGAGCUUGCUGACACACUGGAGAAAAGUAAGAGCUGUCUGCCAAAUGUCGAAUGCUGUUUUAUAACAACAUUUCAAAGUACAGCUAAAGUAGCUGAGUAACUCAAUGAUAUUGUAACAGCCUUAACAUGGCAACUAGUCACCCUGCCAUGUAGCAGCAGGGAUGUGUUGUGGCGAUUAAUUUAGAAAGAGAGAAGGAAGAAAAGACAGACAAGAGAAGAAAGACGUCAAUAAUGUUGUCAUGACUCUCUCUCCUUGGUGAGGAUCAAAGGUGCCAGAUCAGCUUAGCACAUGGCAGAGGGGGCCGGUUUUAUGACUUCACGACCGGUCGUAAACUUUCUCUCUCCUGGUUCUGCAGUAUGGAGAAGUUAAAAAUCAUUUGCGUGUCGAGAGAGACUCUUGUUGAAAACUCUAGCAUCCAAAAGUGGAUAAUGAAACAAUAUUUCUAACAUAAAGAAUGUGGGAAUUGGUCGGUGGGAUACAAACAAUAAACAUGUCAUAUCAUUUCUGAUUUUGUGAUUUCAUUAAGGAUGGCGGAACAAGUUAACUGUAACUCUGAAGGUUUACAUGUCCUAGUUAUCAGGUUUGCUUCUAAAUCUUGUAAAAAUUAAAUGAUUAAAUAUGAGAACACUUUUGUGGAGAAAGCAAGGUGAUUUUAGCCUUCUAAUUGAGAUAAUGGAUAUUCAUAUAAACCUAUGCCAAGUCAGUAGCCAUGCUCACGUGAGCACAGACAUUAUGUCAGUGUGAUGGGACGCCCCUUGGCCAGAGUGUUUAAAAGGACUCGCUGAAGAAUUAACACAUUAGACCGAAACAUGCCGGGAGACCAAAACAUGCUGGGUUGCUGCCGGUCUGUACAGUGGUCCUAGCUGUACCCUGAAUAAUCAACCAUUGAGACCAGACAGAGUGGAGCGGUGGCUACACGGCUGACAAAUGGUUUAAAACUACCAGACCAGAAAAUGGUAAGACCCUCCGAAACUCUUGAAUGAAGAAGAUAAAGACUACACCUUAACAUUCACAGUCUGCAGCUGUGUAUUGUAAAAUAGUUUAGGAAAUUCAACCGAAGAAGAGGCAAAGAACAGUUUCCUCUCACCACCAUAGGUACCUCUGGUGUAUCUAACAAACAGAGCGAAGAACAAGCCUCACUGAACACCACAUGGUACGCCUCUGGAGGGUCCAUUCUAGCGAACGCUCCGAGACAAAGAAGCUACAACUACAACGACAAAGGACAUUGAGACCUCUGGUGGACAAACCACAGACUUCUGUCGAACUACUCCCCACAGACGGACCGGGUGAUUUCAACAGAGACGACAUAGACAUACAUGCGUAAAUAUGUGUUGCAAUUAUUUUUCUGAAUGAGCGGUCGUUCAUAUGCAAUGUAUUAAUUCUCAACACUUUCAGCUUUCACAUGUAUGUACGAUAAGCCCAAUCUCUUUGUCUCUCCUGCUCUUCUUACAUGCCCCUCCCUUUCCAUUGUGUAACAAGCCGUCAAUUAAUUGUUACAAUAUUAAUUUAAUCGCAUAAUAAUUAAAUGUGGUAUGUAAUUAUUCGAUGGAUAGCCAUCAUCACAUUAAUGUCAAGUCACGACAAUACCAUCAAUAAUACCAAUAAUAUUAUAAUCAGUCAUUCCAGAGUGUAAUGAAAAAAUGUACAGUUAGUUAAGAUAAUACAUGAUUAUAAAGUACAACUUUAUAACACAGUCAUACAAUACUGUAGGCAUUAAAACAGACAUAAUACUACUAUCCUCUGUCUUAUUUCUUCAUUCAGAUGAGCUUGCUGUGACUUGCCAACGUGAACUCAAAUCUAAUCUAAAGAAGAAGUUUCAAUAUGUAUUUGAAGGGAUCGCUAAACAAGGAAACCCAACACUUCUCAAUAAGAUCUACACAGACCUCUACAUCACAGAGGGUGGAAAAGGAGAGGUCAAUAAUGAACAUGAGCUGAGAGAGAUUGAGACAACAACCAGGAAACAAGCAAGAGCAGAGACUGCAAUCAAAUGUCAUGACAUCUUCAAACCCUUAACUGGACAAGACAAACUUAUCAAAACUAUGCUGACAAAAGGAGUCGCUGGAAUUGGAAAAACAGUCUCUGUGCAGAAGUUUAUUCUGGACUGGGCUGAAGGAAAAGCAAAUAAGGAUGUGCAAUUUGUAUUUCCACUUCCUUUUCGGGAGCUGAAUAUGAUGGAAGGGAAAAAACAAACAUUGAUUGAACUUCUCAAUCACUUCUCAAUUGAAACCAACCAAUCAACAAACUACGACAAGUACAAAGUUCUGUUAAUCUUUGAUGGUCUGGAUGAGUGCCGACUGCCCCUAGACUUCCAGAAGAACAACAUCUGUUGUGACGUCACAAAGUCAACCUCAGUGGAUGUUCUGCUGACAAAUCUCAUGAAGGGAAAUCUGCUUCCCUCUGCUCUCCUCUGGAUAACUACCCAACCUGCAGCAGCCAAUAAGAUCCCUUCAGAGUAUAUUGACCAGGUGACUGAGGUACGAGGGUUCAAUGACCCACAGAAGGAGGAGUACUUCAGGAAGAGAUUAAGUGAUCAGGACAUGGCCAGCAGAAUCAUCUCACACAUAAAGACAUCAAGGAGCCUCCACAUCAUGUGCCACAUUCCAGUCUUCUGUUGGAUUUCUGCAAUAGUCCUUGAACACAUGCUGAAACAUAAGAGAGAAGAGAUGCCCAAGACUCUGACUGAGAUGUACAUUCACCUUGUGGAGUUUCAUAACAAUCAGAAGAAUGACAAGUAUCCUGGGAAAGAAGACACAGGUCCACACUGGAAUAAAGAGAUCAUUCUGUCACUGGGAAAACUGGCUUUUCAACAGCUUGUGAAUGGAAAUCUGAAUUUCUAUGAAAAAGACCUGAAAGAGGCUGGCAUUGGUGUCAGUGAAGCCUCAGUGUACUCAGGAUUGUGCACACAGCUCUUUAAAGAGGAAUGUGGGCUGUACCAGGACAAGGUGUACAGCUUUGUGCAUCGGAGCAUUCAGGAGUUUCUGGCUGCUGUAUAUGUGUUCCUCUUAUUCAUCAACAACAAAGAAAAUCGAUUGGCCAAACCGCAAUCAACGUCCAGUUACUUUUUUGCGCUGUUCAGAGACGAGCCUGAAGUUACACUCUACAAGAGUGCUGUGGAUAAAGCCUUACAAAGUGAAACGGGAAAACUGGACCUUUUCCUUCGCUUCCUUCUGGGCCUCUCACUGAAGUCCAAUCAGAAGCACUUACGAGGUCUACUGACAAAGACAAGAAGCAGCUCACAGAGCCAUGAAGAAACAGUCACUACAUCAAGGAGAAGAUCAGGGAGAAUCCCUCUCCAGAGAGGUGCAUCAAUCUGUUCCACUGUCUGAAUGAACUGAAUGAUCAUUCUCUAGUGGAGGAGAUCCAAAGCUACCUGAGCUCAGGAAGGCUCUCAAAAGCCAAACUG